GGCAACAUUGGGCAGACCUUCAAAACAAAAAGCAAAAGAAAAAAGCAAAACAAAGUCACAAAGUUUCCGCCGUUUCCGCGAUGUCUGUUUGUCUGGCGCUGGCAAGCUGCUUUCUUCGCAGCCUCCGUCGCCUCCGCGUGUAACAACAACAUCCUCGAAGCGCAAGACUCCGCCAACCCCGCUCCGCUCGUGCGCGGACAGCCGCAGUGUCGGUCAGCAUGCGUGGGCGAUGUCGGCACCGGACCCCGUCGACGAUGACGGCGGCCGCCCCAGCGGUACGGCGGUGAUGCCAGCGGACGGGCCAUGGGCAUGGAGAGCGGAGGUCGGCUCUGCAUGAAGGCCGUGCUGUUGGCCCUGGCGCUCCUCACGCUCAUCUCCCUGCUGGCCAUCGGCUACCUGUGUCCCCAGAGCGUGUGCAGCGCGGGCAAGCUGGGCCUUGUCGGCCGCGGCUCGCGGGACAGCAUGGGCGGACCGCUGUCCUUCCUUUCCCAGCCGCUGCGGUCGGACAGGCGCAACAAGCUGUCCUUCGACGACAUGCUCGGCGACGACUUCGAGUUCGACAUGAAGGGCUCCGACGUGAUGGUGUUCCUGCACAUCCAGAAGACGGGCGGCACGGUGUUCGGGCGGCACCUUGUGCACGACCUGGACCUGGAGAAGCCGUGCGAGUGCCAACGCGGGCGCAAGCGCUGCCGCUGCAACCGGCCCAACUCGAGCGGCAAGUGGUGGCUGUUCAGCCGCUACUCGACGGGCUGGAAGUGCGGGCUCCAUGCCGACUGGACCGAGCUGACGGCCUGCGUGGACUCCGCCAUGGACCGCACCGAGAAGACCACCGCCAAGCGGAGGUACUUCUACGUGACGCUGCUGCGCGAGCCCGUGGCCCGCUUCCUGAGCGAGUUCCGGCACGUGCAGCGUGGCGCCACCUGGAGGGGCUCUCGGCACUGGUGCGGGGGACGGGGCCCCACCAGAGAGGAACUGCCACCCUGCUUCAACGGCACCGACUGGAGGGACGUCACCUUCCAGGAGUUCAUAGGCUGCCCGUGGAACCUGGCUGCGAAUCGGCAGACGCGCAUGCUGGCAGACCUGUCCCUGGUGGGCUGUUACAACCGGACGGCAGUGGGGGCGUACGAGCGGGACCUGCUCAUGCUGACGAGCGCCAAGGACAACCUGCGCCGCAUGGCCUUCUUCGGCCUCACGGAGCGCCAGCAGCGCUCGCAGCGCCUCUUCGAGCGCACCUUCAGGCUGCGCUUCCUCAGGCCCUUCGCACAGCUCAACGAGACGCGCAGCACGGCUGCCUUCGGGCAGGUGGGGCCCGAAGAACUGGAGGCGGUGAAGCGCCUGAACCACCUGGACCUGCAGCUCUACGAGUAUGCCAAAAAGCUGAUGGACGACCGCAUCCGAAGGCUCCAGGCCACUCAGGAUCCACCGCCAGCCUUGACAGACGAACUGCCGGUGCCAGAAUAGCUCUUCGGUGCCUCCGAACUGUGCCUCCUAGUCACGGGUGGACGUAGUCUGGCAGCUUGGUGCCGGCUUUAAUGCGUCUGGUUUGGCCACUAGGACAUUGCGCAACCAUAUAUAUCUCCGUGCCCGUCGUGGUGCCUGGCGAGAAAGGACCACACCACGGAAUCCCGACCGGAAUGUUUGUGCCACCCAAACACCGGUGUUGUUGCACAAGCCGACGUAUCCAUUUGCUUUUGUGGACCAAUGCUGGAGUCCGACCGGGCUCGGAACUUGAUGCUCUCCCGGGUGUCUGGAGGUAGCUUUUUUAAGUUGCACACUUGGCUUAACAUGUUCUCUCGGUAUGAUCGAGUAUUGAUGUCCAGACUGUUAUACUCAGUAUUAUUGUCUAGGUCAUGCGAUGGCUCGCCGGGGUGCUAAGCAGCGAGCUGCCGAGCUGACUCCUUUUGACUACUUCUUUGUAAGUUUAUAUGUCUUAGCCUAUCAGACGUAUGCUCACUUCCUGUCAGUUUAGGCUACUGCGUGAUUAUAUUUCGGUAACUGGGCCGCACAGGAAAUGUGCAGGUACUGCGUAGCUCAAAUCGGUCGAGAUAGCUUAACUUCUAAUUCAGUUCUAACGAUUCUCAAUGUCUAGAACAGUGCUGCUAGAACGUCGGUCUACUAUAAUGUUGUUGUCGGCCAUUUAUAGGGUUAAAUACAAAUGUGCAGUUCAGGUUUGUACAGAACCUGAUUGAAAAGAGGAACGGAAAGUAUGCUGCAGGUGUUGUUCUGACUUGCAGUUGUAACACUCCCUAAACGAUUAUGUCAUGUUGGAGGCCUGCUCCAGUGGACAGCUGCUGGUAAGGCACAACUGUCUUGGAUAUUGGAAGUUACGAGGUAUGUUUUCACUGGAUUGUGUAACUUUUGCUUAAUUUCUGCUCUGCAUUUAACGUUGGCUUCGCAUUUGCCGGUUCAAAGUGCUGCGGUUCGUGGCAAAGCGCAUUUUGCACAGAAAGGUAAUACAUGUGCCCAUUUAAGGUUAUGGCAAACAGGAGCAGCUUUUUACCAAACCAUAUUGUAUUGAAUCCAGCCUGCGUAUAUUAAGCAAGGUGACAAAAUAAGGCAGUUUGCUUGCAUCAUCUUCCCUUGCUAGAAAUUAUGCAGCAUGAAUGAAAUGGAUCAAACAGACUCAAUACUGUAAUUCGCCAGAGAGGUGAGGCUAGAUGAGAGAUGUUUAUCUAAAUCUUGGAAAGAUAAACUUUCCUGGAUCAGAAUCUGUAAAUCAGCCAAAAUGUUCCCUAUAAAAUCUGUGUGACUCAGCUAAUUUGUUGUCAGUGUGAAAAAACAACACUCUAGCUGCUGCAGCUUUAAAUUUGGUUUAAAAAAGAAAAAGGCAAUGUGGUGUUUCUUUUAAUAUGUUUGAAUAGGUCACAACUGCCCAUAGCAUGAUGGGGAGGAAAUAGACUGGCUCUGCAAGUUCAUUUCAAUUCAGACUUUUCUUUUUCUUUUCUUUUUCUGUUUGGAGAGGGGAGGCAACAAAAAUGUAAUUCUGACAUUGCCUUUUCUCUAUUUUAUGUAAAAAAAGGUUUAAUUUACUUUUAUUUCAUUUGAGUAGUUUCUUCUCUGUCUACAAAAACUAUUUACCAUCUAGCCUCACUUCCGUCAUAAAUUAUGGUACCCUACCUAACAAAACUAACUUUUGCAGUCCUCUUGAACUGCACUCAAAUUAUUUCGAACAAAACUGCUGAAAAAAGUAACACAUUUUGCACCACACUGAUAUACUGUGAGAAACGCAUCACUUAUGAGGCCAGUGUUUGUGGCAUUUGAAAUCACUGCAAUUACUGCAAAGAGGUAAAGGAACCCAUGAACCGAGUAUAAGGGAACAAAUCUGUGCAGUUGUGGUUUUACAUUUAUAACAGUGUCUUUUACUGUGCAUGUUUUAUCAUUCUCAUGUUUGAGGCAUUUACACUUGGUUCUAACAUUUUUCGUCACUAUUGACAUCUUACAAGUGCUGUACAAGAUUGAGACUCAAUACCUCUCUUUCUGACAUUGACAUUCUUUUUUGUUGUUGUUAUUGCUAAUGCUGCUCUUGCUUGGCAAGUAAAAACACCAAUCCCAAUUAUAUAUACUAAUUAAUCGUGACUAUAUUAAGACCACACAUUGCUCGUAUAAUUUGUAUAUUAAUUGAUUCUGUUUCUGUGUUGAGUAUCAUGCAAAAAUUUAGUUCACAAGCACACCAAUAUGAGGCUCUGAUGGUUCAGUGGAAGCAGCCUAACUUCAGCUCGACUGAAAGCGAAGUGAGAAAAUAAGAAAUGUCCCCGAGAUUAACUUGUAUGUUUUUGUGACUUUAGUAAACUCUGCACAGAAAUAUGGCUAAUUCUUGCAAGUGCCACUUUCUGCUCGUAGCUCUCGUAGCGUUUAUAACUAAUGCAUCGUCAUAAUUCUACCCUAAACGUUUCUUGUGCCUUUGCUUGUAAUGCACAACAUAUUUUGUAGUUUUUAUGACUUAAGGUCAAAUUUGCAUCCUAUUAAGGAGUUAUUGCUAGCUGUAUGUACUGGUGUACUGCAGUAAUAAACAAAACAAAGAUGUGCAAAGGCAUAUAAUCCAUUAGACAAGUUCCUGAUCUGGAGAAGAAAUGCUCAGAAUAGACAAAUCUGAAAGUUGAAAUCGAGAGCUACCUGAAACUAUCCAAAUGUACCAAAAGCUAAUUAUUCUAAUGAAAUUCCGAGCCUUUAAAGGUCUCGAAGCUUUUGUUUAGAGGUACCAAUAGGAAUGCUGCAAGAUAUAUAGUCGUAGCAACUUUUCGUAUUUCUCCCACACUUGUAUACAUAUCUUCAGGCUUCUAUAGACAAUCAAGCAACUUUUCAAGUGCUACGAGUCUCGGCUCUUGACUUCAAGAGGUCACAGUGAAUGCGAUGCUACGUCAGAUACACCGCCAUAUCACUCAUCCCCGUCUUAGGUGUUUCGAGAGGUAAUCGUUCCCCUCAACUUUACUUCUCACGGUUGUAUCCAUCCCACUAGUUUGCCAAGUCACGCGGUAAAACCCUUUGCAACCGAAACUGCCAGGACUCGAAUGCAAGAUGAGAAAACUAAGAGAAAACCAAGCUUCACCUUGCCGAGAUUAUUGAGACUAGCUCUUUAUGCCAGUCUCGACUUGAACCAGAUGGGUGUUGUUUGACGUCUAGCCUAGUCUGUCUAUAUGUAGGACACCUAGCCUAGUCUGGCAAUGUGUCGACCGUGUUGAAUGUAGGGGCCACGAGUGGUGUUAGUUCAAAGUUGUUGGAACAUUUGUGUCUCGAUUUAUAACUCGCGUUUCCUAGAGAAACUGUUGCUCGACUGUUGACGCGUGACGACGUAUAUCUCGAAUCCCCCACGUUCCUGUCUGCAGUGGUUGGCCAUUCCUUCCCGGAGGGGGAUUCGACAAGUUUGCUCUACGUGCCUUGUUGCGAAUCUUGCAGGAACUUGGGAAAAUAUAAGCGAAUAUCUGUCUGACGAUGCAAAGGGUGGGGGGUGAUGUGCUUGCGUGUCGUCGGAGAAAACGGGCAUUACGGAGUUGUAACAAUCAUCUUGACUCACAUAUUGGUUGUCCCCUAUAUGCUUACAUUCUUGGAAGAGAACUCUGGAUCCAAAAUUCUUUGGAUUUUGCAGUGAGCCAAUUGUUGCACUAUGCAGAAGUGAAUGUGAGGAGGCCAAGACCCGUGAACCCCAAAAUCCCAGCUGCUUUUGGAAGUCCAAACGUGCUUGAUCAGUACCCCAGCGCGUGUCGUCACAUUUUUCUCUGAAAAUUCUCUUUGACUCGUCAUUGGCUGAAUUCAUUCUGAAAAUCGUAACCAUUGGUACUUUGCACACUGUGUGGGAAGUUUGUCUUCUGGGCUAUACUUGGAUAGGCGAAACUGAUACGAGUAAAGGCGGCCAUUUUCGUAAAUAUAAGAGAUGUCAGCAGUUGAUCGAAAGUUGUAGACACAGAUGCGUGCAACUUCUAAAAUGAUGUAUAGCAAGUUUUGUACUACUUGAAGCUGCCCUGAAAUAUGUGUGGUUGUUACGUGGAGAAACUUUGUCACCGUGGGCAGCUUGUUGCGCUUGUCGGCGGCUUGUUCUUCCCCCUUUCUUCUUUCGAUUGUUUACUCUCUAAAAGGUAUUUUAUGAGCAAACCUUAGCAAAGUUUGAGGAAGAGCUAUUUUUGUAUGGCCUCUGACUAUUGAUGUAUAGAUAGCACAUUCAAGAACCUGUAUUUCACUAUUUUUUUUGUAUGAUUUAUCUUUUUUUUUUUUUUAUGACCCCUUUGUGACACUGGCGUUUGUAGUCUUGUGUCUAGUACCGGGGUAUUUUGCACCUAUGGUGCCAGGAGAUGCCAGAAUGUUCCAACUCAUGUCACCCUAUUUUGCACUGUGGAUGUUUAGUGUGCAGCUAUGUUUCCAAAGCAUUCAAUACAUUUCAACAGUUUGUCAGCAGGUGCUGUUGCAGGUUUCUUAAUGUGGAGUGGCUCUAAUAUGGUUACUGUGAAGAAAAGUAAGUUUAGCUCAUAAUAAAAGAAAUAAGAGAAUUAUAAAAAUCCAAUAUGCUGCACUGUAAGCUGUGACCAUUUGGUUACUGCUGCCUCAAAGGAAGUUGCAAUAUCGACAUGUGUAGUACACAAUAUAUUUUUCAUUAUAGUUUUGAGCAUGGCAAUCUUGUAUUCUACACAGACAAUUGAGAGAACUGCAGCAGACCUGCUGCUUGACUGAAAAAUUGGCAAACCAGCAUUAUUGGUGUCAUGGUUUUGGGUUCAAAGGCCCAUAGUGUUAAUUGCCCUCCUCACUAUCCCAUCAACUUCUUUUUUUAAGCCAGUUAUAUACCCUUGGAAUCGCCGUGGUACAUAUCUAUGUACAUAUGGAUUUACCUGCCCCGUUGUGCUUCGAGUGGAAGAUUUUGUUACAGUGCACAGCGUUAUUUUGAAGUGUGUGUAUUAUUGUGUUCCAAGUGUCUAUGUGAUGUGCGAGAGACGGAAUAUCAAGAAGGCAUGCAUUUGUUGAGAGACAGUUCAUAGGCAGGUUUGCCAUCCAUCUGCCAAACAUAUCAUGAGGCACGUGUUAGAACAAUUGUGGUCUUUUCGGUGAUUGCCUCAUCGCCGAAAGAUUAUCGUUGUAAAGCAUUUCCAAAUACAUUCUUUAGUUGCGUGACCCCUGAAACAUUCAUUUUAUGUUCUACCAAAGGAAUUUCGGCACAAUAGAAAGCGAUAUUGGGAUUCAUUGACCGAUGAAAUUUGCCUGGUCUCAUUCACAUAUUCAUUUGGUGAAACAUACCUAAGCACACGCAAACCUCCACGCUUCAAGGUGCAGUGAAAUACAAUUUUGUUAAAAGUA